UUUCCGUGGCUGAUCUGACAGAGAAGCGGACUGAUAUAUCAGUCCUGUGUGCGUACGACUGCGAAAAUCGCUAGUGAGAGUUUGCUGUGUAUCGUGAGAGUGAACAGUGAACGAGAGAGUUGCCUCUCUGGUGUUUGACUGAGUCGAGAAAAAGAGACUGUCUCGUUCCAGUGAAUUCCGCUGCCACCUAGUCUGGAUUUUCGAUUAAAGACCACCGUGGAUCGUGAGUCCGAGAUACGGGGGUAUCAUGUAUCCCCGAUUGCAGCCCUCCUUUGAGGGUUGAAUCGACGAUUCGACCCGUCGGCUUAACUGUGGUGCAUCCUAGACGAGACGGUGUGUAAUCGUACCCUGGAACUACGUCGAACUUGCCUUCCUUCAGGACCACCGAUCCCGACACGAGAGCUGGUCCCACGGUGGACUAACCGUGUACCACAUCCCCGCGCUGAAAGAGGACCUGAAACCUCGCAAGGAUGCGGGAUCGGCUAUCGUGGUACAUGGUCUUUCUGGUCCUGCCGACAAUCCUCCUGGCCAGGUCGCUCGAUAAAGACCGACGAGUACCUUACAGCAUACCGUCGGACUGGAAGACACUUUGGUUCAGCAAUCUGGACGAGUUGCAAAGAGUGAACGAUGCGAACGAUAACAACACCGUCUCCAACGUCACGGUGCAGUUGGGAGGGACAGCCUUUUUGCAUUGCAAAGUUCGCAAUUUGGCCGAAAGAACGGUGUCCGACGCCGAGAUAUCCUGGAUACGACGACGUGAUUUCCACAUCCUAACCAGCUCGAUGUUCACGUACACGAACGACGAGCGGUUUCAGGUUUUGCAUCCAGAGGGAUCGGACGAUUGGACGCUUCAAAUCAAGUACGUUCAAGAGAGAGACAACGGGACCUACGAGUGCCAGAUCUCGAGAAGUACAGGGAUACUAUCACACUUUGUCAAUCUAAACAUAGUUAUACCAGAAGCAUUUAUAUUAGGAAGCGGCGAGCAUCACGUCGAUGUAGGAUCCAUUAUAAAUCUCGUAUGCAUCAUAGAAAAGAGUCCAACACCGCCGCAGUAUGUUUUCUGGUAUCAUAAUAGUCGAAUGAUAAAUUAUGACAACACACGGGGCAGCGUAACCGUACACACUGAUCCCAGCUCGACUCAAAGUCGGCUGACGAUUCGCCAUGCGGUGGAAUCGGACACAGGCAAUUACACGUGCAGCGCCUCAAAUACCAAGGCAGCAUCCAUCUACGUCUUUGUCACAGAAGGUGACAAAAUGGCAGCCAUACAGCGCCGUAAAACAUCGGCCGCGGAGAGAAAUUUCUGUGAAUUGCUAGUACUACUUGUCACCAUUGCGAUAGGGGCCGUUUUAACGCGAUAAGCGUUUCUCUUCGAUAUGUCCAUAAUUAUUAUACCGUUACUUCCGUUUGUGAUAGAUAGGCUACUAUUCUGCGAUUUUAACCCUCUAUUCACUCUCCUUCUUUCCCUUUGAAUGCCUGAACAUCGUCAUUACCAUAAGCGACUUCUUGUUUUCCUUGCGUUCAUCGUUCUUUUCCUCAUCUUGUUUUCUUUUUAUCUUCGACAUCCUCCCCUCAUCGUAUCGUCUCUGUAAUUUUUCGUUUCCUUCACCACGUUUUAUUGGCUAUUUAACAUAAUUGUUAUACCAUUUGAUAUUAUUCUCGUUGUAAUAUUUUCUUUUUCCAUUUCAUCGCCGAGGUUGCCGCCGGCUGAAUUAUUUCAACAUACGAGAUUUUCAUGGUAGAUUGUUCUACGUGUUCUGGAUCCACAUCGUUACGUGCGUCUGAAAUUGUAGAUAUACUAGCGGUUAAUUAUGCAGUUUCUCUCUCUUUCUCUUUCUCUCGCCUUUCUUUCACCUUUCAUUCUCCAUCCUGCAUCUUCAAUCGAUUUGUGGCCGCGACCGUUACGAACCUAAGGUUAAUAUGAUUUCAACAAUAUAAAUUCACUUUCCACGCGAAAAUUACAUAAGUUUUUCAUAAUGCAGGGGAAGCGGCGGUUGCUUAUGGAUUAGCUGUAAUAAAACUGGAGUGCGAAAUUAAAUAUUCAGUGGAAGUUGCUGCUAACAAGUUUGAGCUUCCUGAAUAAUAAGAUAUUUAGUAAAAUUAACGGUUGUAUAAAGGUCUGAUUUAAUGUAACAAAAAAAACAUGUUACUAGGAAAUCGACCAUGUGUUUGCUGGUAAAAUUAAAUACCGAAUAAACGAAUUUAAUUCAAAUUUACUGCACUUACCUUUCAUAAUGGAACUACAUUUAAAUAAACUUAAAUUACAAAAUAAACUUCCAUGUUAGUAUUUACAUUUUAUGUUCCACAUAAAAGCUGUAACAUCGGUGAUAUGAAAACAAAAAGCACUUGUUAUUUUCGAAAGCACAGCGGUAAAUUGAAUAAACCAGUUCGACAUAAUGAAAAGUAUUGUGAGACAUUAACAAUGUCAACAAAACAUUCCAUACAUUUUGUUCUGUAACAAUAAUGGUGACCGCCAUUUCCCCAUUCUCUCCUAAACUUAAUUUAUAUAGUGGUCUCUACUGGAUAAUAAAAAUGUUUCAGUUAACCCAAAAAUUAAAUAAAAAAUAUACAUUGUUAUUCAAAUCUACAGUACAAUUUUUUUACUAACAUUCGUAACUCAUUCUGUCGUUCCUUGUCUUCUUUUCAAACGUUUCUCAACCAACGGGGCUCAAAAUAAUCACUGCCACCUUGUGCCAAAACGACACAAGUUCAAUGGAAAAUAUCAUUACAAUAUCUACUAAUUAUAAUUUAUUAUAAAUUAAAUUAUAACCAGUACUUGAACAAAUAAGUCAGACAUUUUAUUUAAGUUUACAAGAAAUUCAAAAUAUUAACUUAUGUUGCGUCUCGCAAGAAAAUGGUUGAGAAACGCAGUUUCAAAUUUUUGAAAUCUUUUCGAAACCGGCGGCAAAUUGUUUCUCGGUAACGACACGUCUUUUAGAAGCAAUAUCGACAUCUAUGUGCCAUCGGUCGCGUUUACUCUCUUUGAACUAGCAAUAAACUUCGAAUCAGUUUUGAUAGGCGUCAGAAUGAGCAACAAUUCUAUGUCGUGGCAAUUUUCCCAAAGUCUUGCUUUCAUUCACCGAGGUACAGAGACAGACACAGAACCGUGCGUGAAUCAAACUUUGAAAUUGAUAGCGUUGCCAAGUAUCGCUUCGAAUUUGCCAAACUUCGCGUAUCCUUCGCUAACCCUCGGCCCUACCUUGACUCUCGUAUCUUCUCCUAUAAUUAAUCACCACUUAGAAGGUUUCAGUUCCAUUUUAUCGACUUCGAUUCCGAACAGCUUUACCAGUUUCAAGCGUGCAAAACGUCAGAUCAAUACUCCGCGCAUACGCCAUUAUUAUUGUUCGUGAAGACUCGUUUUAAAAAAUAAGAAAAUUGUCAAGUUUUUUUUUCUCGAGUGUUAAUUUUUAUAUACGGAUUAAUUACUGUGGCGGUUGACUGCUGGAGGCUGUUUUGCAAUCGCGAGGCGUUCGCUUUAUCA